UAUUGCUUAUUAAUAAUAAUAAUAAUAAUAAUAAUAAUAUGAAAUUAAAGUGUGGACGUUAGAACCCCUCUCGUUUAAGCACAUCGGGAACGGGGGAGUAGAGAAAAGGUCGGAGUGCACACGGAGACCAACCCCAUAUAUUAAACUACUUUAUGCUGAAUAUAUUCAGUAUUAACACCAUGAAGAGCUGCCGGGUUAUGAAAGCUGUCUGCGUCUCGGAGUUUGGAGGGCCGGAGGUCCUCAGGCUGCUGUCCGAUGUCCCGGUCCCGACCCCCGGGAGACGGCAGGUUCUGAUCCGUGUGCGUGCGUGCGGGGUCAACCCGGUGGAGACCUAUAUCCGCGCCGGGACCUACGCCCGCCGCCCCCCCCUGCCCUAUACCCCCGGGUCGGACGUGUCCGGAGAGGUACAGGAAGUAGGGGAGGAAGUGACAUCGUUCAAGGCAGGGGAGCGUGUGUUCACCACGGCCACUCACUCCGGGGGCUACGCUGAGCUGUGCGUGGCGGAGGAGGCCAGCGUGUUCAGACUGCCUGCUGGGCUGAGCCCCGAGCAGGGGGCCGCGCUGGGGGUCCCCUACUGCACCGCCCACCGGGCCCUCGUCACCAGAGCUCAUGCUAAAGCCGGAGAAACUGUUCUGAUCCAUGGAGCCAGUGGAGGGGUGGGUGUAGCGGCGGUGCAGCUGGGCCGGGCCCUGGGCCUCCGGGUCCUGGGGACCGCUGGGACCCGGGGCGGUCUGGACCUGGUCCUCCAGCAGGGAGCCCACCAGGUCUUCAACCACCGGGAGGAGGACUACACACGCAAGAUCCUGGAGGCUACGGGGGGUGCGGGCGUGGACGUGGUCCUGGAGAUGCUGGCCAACCUGAACCUCGGGGCCGACCUCCAGAUGCUGAGGCAGGGAGGACGAGUCGCUGUAGUGGGCAGCAGAGGUUCCGUAGAGAUCAACCCCAGAGACACCAUGGCCAAGGAGAGCUCCAUCCUGGGAGUGGCUCUCGCCUCUGCUACACCUGAGGAGCGGGAGGAGUGCAUGGCCGCUCUGUCCACAGGGAUGGAGGAGGGCUGGCUUCGCCCAUCGGUGGGCCGCUGUUACCCUCUCAAGAUGGCCGCCCAGGCCCACCAGGACCUCAUGGAGGGCCCGGGUGCCUGCGGCAAGACUGUGCUGACCAUGUGACCCUCCGAGGAUGUCAAAGGUCAAAGGCCAAGUGUCCCUGAGUUAUUGACUCUAGUCACAUCAGAAGAGUGUGAAUCUUUGAAGGCCUUGAAUCAAAGUAUUAAAACAUUUGUCGUUACAGUAUUGU